AUGUCUAGCGAAUCCAUCCAUUCUUUGAAAGAAACCGUGACCGACGACCAUGGCACCGUUGGAAAAAUCCGCACCACUGGCGAUGGAGACGAAUUUGUCAUUCUCGGCAACCAGAAGUUCUACAAACACGAGUUGAUGGAGGCCUUUGGUGGUACGUUGAACCCUGGUUUGGCGCCAUACCCUGUGCAUGAGUUUGCCAACCCAUCGCCUCUCGGUUUGUGCGGCUUUGCCAUGACUACGUUUGUCUUGUCCAUGGUCAACGCUCGUGCCAUGGGCAUCAACGUGCCCAAUAUCGUUGUGGGUCUUGCAUGCUUCUACGGUGGCUUUGCCCAGUUCGCCGCUGGUAUCUGGGAAGGUUUGGUGGGCAACACCUUUGCUCUUUGUGCGUUGACGUCAUACGGUAGUUUCUGGUUGGCGUGGGCUGCCAUCCAACUCGAUGCGUUUGGAAUUGCUGCAUCUUAUAAAGGCACCGAGCAGUUGCACAAUGCUGCAGCCUUCUUUUUGUUGGGAUGGACGCUCUUCACGUUCAUGUUGACCUUGUGCACGCUCAAGUCCACUGCUGGUUUCUGCGGCAUGUUCUCGUGCUUGACCUUGACGUUCAUUUUGCUCUGUGCGGGCGACUUCACCCAAAAGGUAGGUGUGACCCGUGCAGGUGGUGUUGUUGGUGUGAUUACUGCGUUUUUGGCCUUUUACAAUGCGUUUGCCGGUGUGGCUACGAAACUGAACUCGUACAUCACGGCAAAGGCGUUCCACUUGCCACAUUAA